ACUGGUACAGUCAAGUUAGUACGCAGGUUUGUGGCGUCUGACACAAACGUCAGUAGUGGCUGUUCAGGUUUUGGGACGCAUCGCGGCCGCAAAAAUGUCGCGUGCCGCACUUUUUAUAUGUGUUUUUACCAUAUUUUUGGACGUCCUACAUGCUGGGCAGGCGAGUACAGGCGCGGAGCCCCAAGUUGCGGUGCUCUGCGAAGCUGGCGCUACCUACCACCCCCAGUACAUGUCAGCGGCGGGCCGAUGGACGCCUGAUCUUACUACUAAACCUCACAAUUGCCUCAAAGAUAAAAUGGAGAUCCUCGAUUACUGCAAGAAGGUAUACCCGAGCCAUGACAUCACUAACAUCGUUGAAGCAUCCCAUUACGUGAAGGUUGCCAACUGGUGCAAACUGGGAACUAGCAACGCAGCAAAAUGCAAGGUCACAAGAUGGGUCAAGCCUUUCCGUUGUCUUGAAGGUCCAUUCCAAUCGGACGCGUUGCUGGUGCCUGAGAGCUGUCUGUUCGACCACAUCCACAACCAGAGUCGGUGCUGGCAAUUCGCAAGGUGGAACGCCACCGCUGGCCGUGCGUGCGCCCAGCGUGGACUCCGGUUACGCACCUUCGCUAUGCUGCUGCCUUGUGGAAUCAGCCUGUUCUCUGGAGUCGAAUUUGUCUGCUGCCCAAAACAUUUCAAAGAAAACGUAAAGAUGCAUAAGCCAAUGGACGUUGGUGUCCCAGUCAGCCCUGGCGGUGAAGAGAUGCUCGCUGCCUCAGCUGCCAUGGAUGAGCGUGACGAUGACCUGCUCGAUGAUGACGAUGCAUUGGACGAUGAUGACGACGACGAUACCCUCAACCUUAGCGACGAUGAUGACGAUGAUGACACCGAUGACGAUGCCGUUCUCCCUUCAGACAUGGAUGAGGACGAGGAUGCGGACCUCUCGAGGGAUGACGACGCUGAAGACGACGAUUAUACGGAUGGCGACGACAGCGCCUGGCCCCGGCCCGAGUCCUCACCAGCGCCAUCUACCACCACCACUACAACUACUACAACAACCACCACGGCUUCUACAGCGACAUCUGAUCCCUACUUCUCCCAUUUCGACCCCCGUACCGAGCAUCAGAGCUACAAAGAUGCCCAGCAGCGUCUAGAGGAGACACAUCGCGAAAAGAUAACGAAAGUGAUGAAGGAGUGGUCCGAGCUCGAGGAUCGUUAUCAGCAGAUGAUGUCAUCAGAUCCUUCCGCCGCGCAGACUUUCCGCCAACGUAUGACUGCUAAAUUCCAGGCCAAUGUUCAGUCGUUGGAGGAGGAGGGCGUGGCGGAACGGCGGCGGCUGGCGGCGCUGCACCAGCAGCGCGUGCUGGCACACCUGGCGCAGCGGCGCCGCACCGCGCUCGCCUGCUACACACGCUCGCUGCGCGACACGCCGCCCAAUGCGCACCGCGUGCAGAAGUGCCUGCAGCGGCUGGUGCGUGCACUGGCAGCCGAGCGCGGCGGCGCCCUAGCCGCGUGGCGGCGCGCCGCCGCCGCGGGUCGUGAAGCCGCUGCUGCUGAGCGUGCUAGCGCCGCCGACAGGCUACAGGAUGCUGAUCGUGCUUUGCAACGCGCCUUGACCGCCCUCCGUCGCCGUCCACACCUCUACGCCAACAUUGGAACCGCUAUUGAAGACUACGUUCAGUCAAUGCAGUCCAAAGAUGACAUGGCCGUAUCUCUUAUGUCGAUGACUCCUGAAGCUGAAGAACUGUUGUUGGACCGCAUCGAAGCUGAAGUACAACGCGAGCAGGCUGCACGAGAACAGCUCAGCGCCAAACGAGACCAACGCACUAGGCAGCGACAGGACAUACAAAACGAGAGGACUAAGACCUCAAACGGCGUCAAGGAAAGUGAAGAAACCGAUGACGAAGCUAGCGAAGUGAACGAAGGCGAUGAAACGACGUCGGUGCCAACAACCCAUAGUGCUCCACCCUCGGCCGCUGCCUCCCCAUCACCACAUCUCACUGCUGCCUCUGUCUCCGUACAUGACGCUACCACCAGGGUCGCGUAUACACAGGACACUACAACCACUGAAGUGAUCACGAGUACAAUGACAGACAUUCCAGAGAGUGAGACAGCGGACACUGCAGAAGUAGGAGAGACCUCUAGCCGACGGUCCACCAGCGAGACGGAAGGCGAGGGGCUGCGGGCCGCGCUAGAGCAUGCAGAGGAGCGCGCCCCCCCUCCACCGGCGCACGCGCUCAAACAUGAACUGCAACAUUCUCAGCCUGGUUACACAGUGCGAGGCGCAGGCAGCGCGGGAGGCGCUGGCGGCGCCGGCGGCGCGGGCGGCGCGGGCGCGCUUUACCCGGCGCUGUGCGUGGGCGGCGCGGGGCUGGCGGCCGCCGCCUGCGUCGCGCUCGCCGUCGCGCGCCGCCGCGACCGCGCGCCGCAGGCGCAGGGCUUCGUCCAGGUAGAGCAAACUGGUGCAGUGGCACCGACACCUGAGGAGCGACAUGUGGCUAACAUGCAAAUCAAUGGGUAUGAGAACCCCACCUACAAGUACUUCGAGGUCAAGGAGUAGAUUGACCCUACAUCGCCACAGCCUUCCACCCGGCGGCGUCGCUGCGACCACCAGGAUGUAAAUCAUAAGUAAACAGGACAGUUGGUGUCAUACUAUCUUAAUGUUCUACUUCUAGAGUUAUGGGUAGAAAAUUAGCAAAGAUAUGUUUCUCGUUAGUUUCUCUUCUAGGAUCUAGAUAAGGGUUUCCCAAAUUUGAGUCCACAUAAUAAAGGCUUUAAGGACAAAAUUUUACAAAAAAAUACAUAGUUUCUUUUAUAGCAUUUUUUUGUACAGGAAGAUCGAUAGAGACAAUUUUUCUACUCAUAUGUAAUAAUUUUAAUAUAAAUAUUUAGAUUUUUUUAUUAUUAAAGGAUUCAUGACAAUCAUAAUAAUGUUUUAGGGGGUCCCACGUUGAAAGAGUUUGGGAAACGCUGAUUUAGAUUCAAAGUCUUAUUCUUAAUUCCAUUUAUUUAUUUCCAAAGUUUUGAGGAAAUAAAUUUGUGAAUUGUCCAUUAGAUUCUAAUUCUGAAUGUUUUCUUUAGUGAUGUGUCCUGAAGUAUGUUAAGGAUUUAUAUUCUUAUUUCUCAAAUUGAAAUUGAUGUGAGUGAUUAUUGGAACUAAAUCUGCGACGUCAAAUGAUAAGUACUGGUGGGAGGAGACUUGGAUACUCUUGUUUAUUAUAAAAUUAAUUUUAUCAAAAGCUUGUGUGAUUAGUGACAUGAUAUUUGAUUUGUUUGCGAUAACUCGCAGUCGAAUAUUAUUUAAAGUUACAAGUGAUAUUGGUUUUUAUUUAUUUGUUAUUUUUUGCACCAAAAUAUUUAUUAUACUUUCUUAAGAUUUAGGAACUAAGUUUUUUGUCUAGUGUUCUAGAUAAGUGUCACAUCGUAGUCGAGUUUUUUAAAGUUAAGUUUUCGAUACCGCGGCCCACGUGGUAAUGUUGAGUGUUUGACCAUUUUUGUUUCUAUAAAUUCAAUACAUUUCAUUAAUGUAAGAUUUUCCAGAUUGAUCUCAGUUUAAGUUAGAGUAGUAUCUGAUUGUUUUGUAAUUUUAUAUUACGCGCAUAUAUUGAACAUUACCAUUGGGGCAAGUGGAACAAACGUCCAUGGUACGCUGUGUACAUAGGCUCUGCGUACAAAUUUGAACCUAAAUUACUUAUACUUAAAACCCGCUUUCAUUUACUUUUCUAACGUAGGUAGAUCAUAACGUGAAUUUUAUGUAAUAAAAUGCGAAAAUAUAUUUUAAUAAUUAAUGUGUACUUAGCAAGGAACGGGCGGCAAAGCCGACGCGGGUGAACACUCUCCGUAUUACGAAUUGCAACCUCUAGUCUUCUUCUAGUCACCAUGGAACAGCUUAUGUAGUAUAAAUGUAUAUGUAUUUUUUGUGGUUCGAGUAGACAUUUCCCCUAUAGUGAAUAAAUCUAUCUCUUUUCUUCUUCAAACAAAACUCUAUCUCUUCCGUUCGCCCGCGGGACAAUACUCGGAAGUUCCGAAUUUGAGAAGCGCCGUGUACUCAAUGUGUGUUUUGUAAUUGCGAAUUUCGUAGACUUAUGAUUCUUGGCAUUAUCAGAAAUCAUAAAGUGUCAGCGCUUUGUUAAUCUAGUCAAGACGAUAGGGGCAUGUAUCCUAAUUUCUGUUUACGGUUGUGUACACACGUUGGGUAUUCGGUCACGGCGAAGCAAAUAAGCUUAGUAAGUGAGUGUAUGUACGGUUAUUAUAUAAGUAGAUGUACAAAAAGUAAUACAUUAUAUAGAUGUUUUAGCGUCAGAUACAUAGAUAUAAAGCAAAAUAUAAUUAUAUAUCGCAUUCGUCCGUAUAAAGUAAGGGCUUGCGCUCGUGUCUAAUCCCACGUACCACACUUAAUGUUACGUCGUAGUUAAGAUGUAAUUCUGCCUCAGUAUUAUAUACAUUUAAGCUUAUUUGUUACAUAAGCUAAUUUAUAUACACUAUUACUAUUUGUUUACGGGCGCAGUGGCGUUGCUACAAAUGAAGUCAUAUCAGAUUACGUCACAGCGCUCUUAGUUGCGCUUGUUUUGGUGGAGUGCGUUCGAUUCGACGGUCGGCAAAAGAAUGAAUAAUUCUGAGUGUGAACAAUGAGCUCAUUCUCAUAUGGUCCGUAGUUAAAACAACAGAUGUCGCUGACUAUAAAAUAGAUCGCAUUUCUGCAAAAGUGGCGCGAAUAGGAGCCCGCCCGUGGCUUGUACGGCAUUUACAUAAGUACUCACUGUUAACGUAAGUUUAUUCCUGCAUCAAGUAACCGCUAUGUAUUUUUACUCAUGAUAAUAAACAAGCCGAAUAAUUGAUUAUUUUUUUAACAGAGAUUUUUGCUCAAAACCGGUCUCGUUUAAUUGUUGAGGAAGUUGUACUUUCUAUUGAUCAACCUAAUCGUCGUUGUAAACAAUAUUUGGUGUUAGUAACCUUAAAUCCUGUUUGUACCUAUCCCACUUACUGUUUUACGUAUGUUGAUAUAAGGAAACAAUAACUUAUUUUGUGUUAACUGUGCUGCAUUUCAUUGUGAGUUCGAAGUUCAAAUUGAAUCAAUAAAUAGAAAUUUAAAAUA